CUUUAAUAAUAAUUGUUACCGAUAGAUCAAGCCGUCUCUGCUCCGAUAACACCACUAGAACGAUAAUGGCCGGGGAGCCAAAUGUGCUAACAUGUACAGCAUCCGAAGCAAGGCCUCCUGCAGUCCUUAACUGGAUUGUACCAGAUCAUCUUACUUCCAACCAUCAAGAUCAGACUGAUGUCGUUAAAGGCAACAGCUACACGUCUCGGAAGGUUGUUACCAUCACGCCCUCUGCGAGUGAUCAAGGAAAGCAUAUCAGCUGCUUUGCGUCACAUCAAAUACUCCAGACUGAUCGUCAGUGUAUUGUUAACCUAAAUGUUCACGUUCUUCCGUCUAACACGACAAUCUUCCAAUCUGGAAAUGGAAAAGACUACCAGACAUCACCAACAGUUAUUUACGUUCAAGAAGGUUCUUCGGCUUCGAUCAGCUGUCAAAGUAUUGGAUCACGACCGGCAGUUGAACUGACAUGGAGAAUUGACGACCCUGAUAUUCCUCCUGGAAGUAUUAGUCGGUCGAAGACUCAAAAUGCUGUAGACGACAGUCUGUUUGAUACCUUUAGUACUUACAAGUUGCAUCUGUAUAAGAAGUAUCAAGGGUUGAUUCUCUGGUGCUUUGUAUAUCUGGGUGAAGAUUUUGUCGAACGACAGCUUGUUACAAUAUCAACAUAUGGCUCCCCCUCUACCAUGUCUACAGCCACGAUAUCUUUUCAACGAAGGCAGUUCCUACCUGUCAAAGGAGAAGAUUUUACGAUGGAGUGCACCUAUUUCCCUCCUUCGAAUGUUCGCACUGUCAAGUGGAAACACGAAGAAACGCGAAUUGCGUCUGAGUGGUGCACAACUGCAAGUGAAUGUACACCCAAUAUUUCAAAUCCUACAAAGUACAAGUUAAUGGGUGAUGACCGCAGCACAUCCCUUACAAUAAUCAAUUUGAACACUGGUGACAAUGGGAGAUACACAUGCAAUGUAUUUAACCUACAUGGAGAACGUUCAGCGACUGAAAUACUGAAAGUACUAAAUCGAGUUCCACCCUCACGGGUUUUCAUGUCUGACGCCGAAUCGGGACGGCAAUACUUGAACAACGCCAAUAUAAGUAUAACUGCUGGAGAGUCGUUUAGCAUCACAUGUGGAGCAAAUAGGGCAAGGCCUCCCGCAGUACUGCAAUGGCUAGUACCAGAGGACGUGACCGUUGUUCAUCAGGAUCAAUCUGAUGUCAUUCAAGACGGAUCUUACAUCUCCCGGAAAGCCUUGACGAUCACAUCCACCAGAGAUGACCACGGAAAGAUUCUCAGCUGCAUCGCAUCACACCCUGAAAUGCAAAGGAGUCUUAGAUCCUCAGUUCUACUAAAUAUUCAUGGUCUACCAGACAAUGUCGCAAUUAUUGUCCGUGGUGAUAUGCUCGAAGGCUCUGAGACCAACAUAACAUUUACAGCUCUUAAUGGAUACCCUGCUCCUCACAUUCACUGGUAUAUCGGGUCAAGGAACGUCACAGGCAAUUCAUCUGUGAAGACAUCCAUCAAUAGCGCUGAUCGAUAUGAUGUUGAAAGCACUCUGACCAUCAUACAAAAUAGGUUUGACCACGGCAAACGUCUUCUCUGUCAGGCAGCUCAACCUACUUCAUCCACUUUGUGUUCCGUGAAUAACACAAAGGUUUAG